GUCGCCUACACACGUCUAGGCGAGUCGUGUGCACACGCACCGGCCACGUCUCUCCCCACGCGUCCCUCCACCGCCGCCGCCGCCGCCGCUUCCACCAUUCUCCGAACUCAGAUUUGGCCCCAAAUCCCCUGCGAAACACCCCAGUUUUUGCCCCAGAACCCCACCCAAACCACACGCCAGCUCUUCUUCCGUCGCAAGCCAUGCUGCUGCCGCUCGCCCGCCGCCUGCUGCUACGCGCUCCACCCCGCCGCCGGCUCCUCCACACGAGCCCGCCGACGGACCCGGGCACCCUCGCCUGCCGCCUGGCCUCCCGCGCCGUGGUCCGCUUCCGGGGCCCGGAGGCGGCGCGCUUCCUCAACUCGCUCCUCACCAACGACCUCCGAGCCCGCGCGCCCUCCUCCGAGCCGCCCCGCUACGCGCCCACGCCCAACGUGCCCGCGCGCGCGCCGCGCCCCGUCUACGCCGCGCUGCUCACGCCCCAGGGCCGCUUCCUCUACGACCUCCUCCUCUACCGCCCCGCCCCGCGGUCCCAGAUGCUCGACCGCACCGGCUCCGCGCCCGAGACCGGGGAGAGGCCCGGUGGGGCCGACGAGGAGGAGCGGGAGGUGCUCGCCGACGUCGACGCCGCCGAGGUCGACGACCUCCUCGCCUGCUUCAAGAGAUAUCGGCUUAGGAGCAAGGUUGAGAUAGAUAAUGUGAGUGAGGAGUUCUUGUGCUGGCAAAGAUUUGGAACCGACGUGGCACAUGCUGAGCCUUCCACUCAGGAACCUGAGGCUCAAUCCAUUGGCUGGGGACAAGGUACUGACCAUGCUGCCGAGUCAUCUGCACAGGGGAACGGUCAUGGUUGGCAGUGGCUCAAAGAUCCCCGGCUCGAUAUUCUUGGAUAUAGAGGAAUCUUUCCAGCUGAUACAAUACCACCACUUGUUGAGGCUGACAAAGAAGCAGAUGAGCGCCAUUAUUUACUCUGGCGCAUAGAGAAUGGGGUUGCAGAGGGCUCAACUGAGAUACCGAAAGGCGAAGCAAUUCCACUCGAGUACAACUUCGCAGGCCUGAAUGCUAUUUCAUUCGAAAAGGGCUGCUAUAUUGGCCAGGAGCUUAUUGCACGGACGCACCACCGUGGUGUCAUUAGAAAGCGCCUGAUACCCUUGAAGUUUGUAGAUGAAAACGACAAAGAAGUCGAGCAGGCUGUUGCUCCAGGCUCUGAUGUCGUGGACGAGGUUUCUGGUAAGAAAGUCGGUACAGUAAGCACCGCUCUCGGCAGCCGUGGAAUGGGCCUGUUGCGCCUAGAUGAAGCACUGAAGCAAAAUUCAUCCCUUGCCAUCAGCGAAAAUAGGGAUGUAAGGGUGAGGGCGAUUAAACCAGACUGGUGGCCGGUUGAGUGGACACAGGGAGUAGAACAACAGAGCGCAGCCGCUUGAUCCCUCAAGUUCCAGUUCCUUCUCCAAAAUUGCCAGUAAUGCUUCUUUGGAUUUUAUAGAGGCAUAAUUGGACAGGUUUGGUCGACACUUUCAGAGAGGCCCUGUUGGGAAGUAGUUUUAGACAGUUUAACAAAGAUUACGUGGCUAGCUGGCCGUGUUCUGUGGUGUAUCAGUUGCUGGACUGAUUACUUCUCCACUACCUUCACCUAGCUGUAUCAGUGAUAGAUCCUGAAUAAAGGACUGUGUACAAAUAGUUUGUCCAAACAGCAAUCAAAUAAGUUCUCCUGUUCAGCGUUUUCA